UAAAUAGUACACACUUAAUAUCUACAGUCAAAUGGUCUUUAUAGGGUGUGUCAACCUGCCUCUCUCUGUGGCUCACAUUCAAACACUCCUCUGACUCACAGCUUCACAGUCAAGUCCUUGGCUACACCUCUUUUUUUAGCUUCACAGAGGCAGGAGCCUUGGUGACUGAAUCUAUUGUUUGUCUGCUGCUCCACUCAGGUGAACCUGGGAUUUUCAAACAGCAUUUUCUAUUCCGUUUACUCAGAGGACAGGAUCAGGUUACAUUUCAUUGUGAGAACCUUUUUUGAUAACCCUUUUUCUCUCCAUCCAACUUUCCAUUCUCCCACUAACAAUUUGUUAUCACACAGCAUAUGCAGCUGUUCAGCACAUCCAAUAAGAGUGUGUUAAACACACUCUUUGAGAUUUACACUGUCUUUUGGAUACUUUCCUAUGGUCAAAGCAAGAUUCCAGAUGCUCAUGUCACCUGCAUCUACUCUGAAAACUGUAUCUUGCCCUGUUCCUUCCCUCCCUCUACGGAAGAGGUUGUUUUUCAAUGGUACAAACAGGGAACACUAAUAUACAGUUUCUUGGAGGAUGAAGAUGAAUCUCAUAACAGCAACAUUUCAGUGUUUACUGAUGAAGUGUCACAUGGCAAUGCCUCCCUUCUUUUGGAGGACAGCAGUAUAAAGAGCCGAGGGCGCUAUAAAUGUGUGGUUAACACCACCAAGGCUGUUCAGGAGUCUGAUGUCAUAGUCAAGGUUGAAGCUCCUAUAAAGGGGAUUGCCAUCAGGGUCAGUCCCACUGAGAAUGUGCAGUGCUCGUCACAUGGAUCACAUCAAAAUACAGCUCACAGUCUUGGAGAGCCUCACUGCUUCAGACAGGUAUGA